CGCCAAUUGAGCUACACAAGAAGAAAACUGAGCGCGACAACAAAAACAAGAAAAAUAAGUCACACACAAAAAAAAAGUUAAAAAUUCUUCAAGAAAUCAUUAACAAUUUAAAAUGACGUCAAAAUGUUCGGUAGCAAAUUGUCAUUUUCAAUCUAAAGUUUGCUUCCACUCACCACAAAGUCGUCCGCAUUUGGAGUUGUGGAAGAAGAUUUUGAAUAUAAAUGUUGAUAAAUUUUUUGUUUGCGAUCAACAUUUUGAGGAUAAAUUUUUUCGGAUCGAGAAGCGAUUGACAUUCGAUGCAUUUCCGACACAAUAUAUUGGGAAUUUUGAGGAAGGCAGCAGCGACUUUUGUCAAUGCUGCAUGAAGUCAUUUGUAAGGAGUAAAUUUAUCACUCAAUAUGAGCCGAGAGUCACGAUUGAUGAGAAAUUGCAACAGGAUUUUACUAACGUUAUUGGGUGUGAGAUUCCAUCCGGUGUGAUGUGCACAAAAUGCUUCGAGAACAUUAAAACCUUCCUGAAAUUCCGAUCAGAAGUCCGUGAAAAACAAAAAGUCCGCGAUGAAAUCUUUGAAUUAAAAACUCAGCAAGAAACUCACACGGAUUUUGAUCCAAAUUUUAAAAUAAAAGAGGAACCAAAGGAUGAUGACGAACUAGAAUCAACAUUGGAUAUCCAAGAAGAAACAUAUUCAGACCCAAUGAUAAUGAAAAUUAAGGAUGAGCCAAUGGACGAUGAGGAAUUUGUGAUAAAGGAAGAGAAAAUUGAUCUUGGAUGUGAUGAAAAUUAUCUAAUCAGUGAAAUUAAGGCGGAACCAGAAGAGAUGCAGGACACAACAGCAAAACCAACAUCAUUUAAAUUUACACAAGCAGUUCCAAAACAGAAAAUUCUAAUUAGAAGACCGACUAGUGGAAUGGUUGUUCGGCCAACAAAUCUUCAAAAUUUUAAAGUUGUUCAGCCUCAAAAUGUCGUCAGAGUAGUCAAACGAGCAGCAAGUCCACAAAACUCUCAAAAAAUAACAAAUUCGCAAGGAACAAUCAAAAUUUCUCAAGUUCAACUUUCCCAAAUGGAAAAUUCAACAAACAUGCUCGGAUACAAGUGUCAAUACUGUCCAAAUAGAUUCAUUGAGAAACGAUUUGUGGUCGAUCAUAUCAAGCAGAAGCACACAUUCCCAUGCAAUCAAUGCACUUCAGUUUUUCCAUUUAAAAUAACUUUAAUUAAGCAUCAAAUGUCAUUUCAUGGAAAUUCGACAGGACAACACGUCUCAAAGUCAGCAGCUUACAAGCAUGUUUGCAGAAUUUGUGGAUUGAAGUUUUUAUCAAACUACACGCUUGAUGCUCAUAUGACUCAGAGGCAUCAGAGGGCCAUAAUUGAGGAGAAGAUGAACUCUCAGGAAGAUAAUGAGAAUAUUAUUAUUAUUCGACCACUGGUGAUCCCAUCAAAGUCAUCAACCUCAGGAUCAUCAACAUUAUUAAAAAAACUCCCAACAACACCAAAGCAACAAUCAUCAUCACUUCCAUUUGCCAUAAAGAAUGAAGAUUAUAAACCAAUCAUUAAAAUCUUUCCAACACCAACUCCCGUCGUUAAGAAGCCAGUCAAGACUUUAGUAAGAAGAAUUUUAACACCAGUUGGAACUACAAAGCCACCUCAACAUGAACCAGUUGUUGAAGAUCCAGACGGUAUUCCGUGCCUUGAUUGUGGAUUAUUGUUGAGACCUGAUAAGCUAUUGAAGCAUCGCAUGGAUGCUCAUGACCUAAAUACACACAAUAUGUAUUAUUUAUGUGACAUGUGCGGCACUGAGAUUAAGGGAAAGACACAACUUAUCAAUCAUAUGACAACGAAACAUUUAAGCGCAAAUUUUGUUCGAUGUGAAUUUUGUGAUGGACUUUUUGACAACAUAACUGACGUGAUUUGCCACAAAAAUCUUCAACACAAUUUUAAUGGAACCAGAUACACGUGUCACUUCUGUUAUAAGAUUUUUAGUAAUAAAAGAGAAAUGAUUUUGCAUCGAAAGGCUCACUAUUCGGAAAAGGAAAGUCGUCAGAAGUUGGCUAGGGUCUUUUGUAAGAAGUUCAAGUCUUAUGAGCCGAAGGGUGUCGAAUAUAAAUGAAAAUUGGUAAAAAAAAGUUUUAAUUUUGAUAGUUAUUUUUAAAAAUUGAUGGAAACUAAAGGAAAUCCAAAAAAUUAAUAAAAUUUCAAAAUUAAAACCAGCUAGAUUGUAAACAUUUGGAAUAUAAAUUGUAAAAACUUUGUAAAUUUACAAAAAAAUGCCUCAUUCGAAAUAAAAAGUUGAAAUUUUUCAAAAAACAUA